GCUCGGCGGACGUCUCCACGGCAACCGCACACAUGGACGCACCGCACCACGCUCCGGACGUUCACGCCCUACCAACCCCAACUUGUCGCUGCCUGCCAUCAUCGCACCCAAAGAGACCGAACUGCCACGCUCUUCGCCCCUCCCCCAUCACACGCCAGCGAGCUGCUGCUGCUACUACUACUCCUACUAACUGCGAAGUAGCGAGCUCGCUGCGCUUCCGCCGCUUCGCGCGAAACAAACCCCCGCCCACCCGCGCUCAAUCGGCCGCCGCGGCGUCCUCGCCCGGGAAUGCCCUGCGCCCGCGGCCGGUCGGGAGAGGAGCGGUAGCAGGAGAUACCGAUAAAACGGCCGCGGCUGGGCUGCUGCUCGUCGACAUGGCGGGGCGGCCGGGGUACGUCACGGUGCCGAUACUCUCGGUGCUGGCCGCGAUCGGGUACGUCUACUACACCACGGUGUUCCUGGCGAUCCCCGCCUGGCUGGGGCUCGCCACGGCGGCCGGGGUCGCCAACGCCGCGGCCUACACCGCGCUGGCGGCCGCCUCCGUCGCCACCUACGCCGUCGCCGUCACGCGCGACCCGGGCCGCGUGCCGCCGGCCUUCGUGCCCGACGUCGAGGACGCGGAGAUCCCCAUCCACGAGAUCAAGCGUAAGGGUGGUGACUUGAGAUAUUGCCAAAAGUGUUCUCAUUAUAAACCACCUCGUGCUCAUCAUUGUCGUGUCUGCAAGAGAUGUAUUCUAAGAAUGGACCAUCACUGUAUUUGGAUCAACAAUUGUGUUGGACAUGAGAAUUAUAAGAUUUUCCUUGUGUUUGUGCUGUAUGCUGCAACUACAAGCUUCUAUUCUAUGGCUCUAUUAAUUGGGGGCGCUGUGCAUAGUGCGCCUAAAGAUGAACAAUCAGUCAAAGAUUCUCCUAGAACAUCAAUAAUUAUUUGCGGCGUCAUUCUAUGCCCGUUAGCUUUGGCACUGGGCAUUCUCUUGGGUUGGCAUAUUUACCUCAUAUCACACAAUAAAACUACUAUCGAGUACCAUGAAGGAGUUAGGGCAAUGUGGUUGGCAGAAAAGGCUGGAAAUCUUUACCAUCAUCCAUAUGAUCUUGGUGUCUAUCAUAAUAUUGUCUCAGUGCUAGGUCCUAAUAUAUUGUGUUGGCUCUGCCCAGUAUCGAGGAACAUAGGCAAUGGCAUUCGUUUUCGCACAUCAUAUGAUAUUCCGCUAUCCGCACCACCAUUCAAAAAAGAAGAGCACCUUUCAAUGUCUUGAAACUCUUGCCUGAAGAGCUUUUAUGGGAUCGAAUUCAUGAAUGAUGCUGAGUGUAAGAUACAUAGGGAGGAGCUUCAGGAGUAUUUCCUCCAGGCUCCAAUCUGAAGUCAGAAAUCCUAACUUUAGUUAGUUUUCUUUCUUUUGUUUUCUUUUUGACAUAAUUGAUGAGAAAAGUCACUGACGCCUCUCUGUAAAUCUGGAGUGGCCCGUACUCAUACACAGAAGUCUGAACUGAAGAGUCAAAGACUUCUCUGUUGUAAAGUAAAGCACGUACUGUUUUUCUUCUUCUUCUGAAGUUCAUGUACUCUGUCGUCAGGUCAUAGGGACAAAUAUCCAAGAUUUUCGAUAUGUAUAGAGUUGUCCUGAAAUAGAUGUUGCAUUUGUGGAACA